AUGCUGUGUUUCAUUGUUAAAAACACUCUACUCACAUUUCAAACUUCAAAGUUGAAACUUAAAGAUGAGAAAACCUGCAAACAGAGUAUACCAUAUGGAUGGGCGAAAAGUAUCUUCAGUGAUGCUGAUAAUCUAACAGAAGAGAAAGUGGAUAAAGUAUUGAAGAAAUUUCUGAAUGAUUUCAAAGAAGGUUCAUUAGAUGGAGACAAUGGUUGGCCUAAGACUUUGAGUGCCUAUAUCAUUUCUAAAGCUGCAAUUAAUGCUUAUACAAGAAUUGUAGCUAAGAAUUUCCCUUUUGUAUGCAUCAAUAGUGUUUGCCCUGGUUAUGUCGUAACAGAUAUAACUGACAAUACCGGUUUCUUAACGGUUGAAGAAGGUGCUGCUAGUGUUGUGAGGCUGGCACUAAUUCCUGAUGAUAGUCCUUCCGGAUUCUUCUUUUACCGGAAUGAAGUGUCUUCCUUUUGA